AUUGCUAUCAAGUCGUAAAGCCGCUUCUACAAUAUGUAAAUACGAUCAGAACAAUGACACAGGAACAGAACGAGUUGCAUCAAACCAUUAAGGUGCAAGCAGAAAUAAUAAAGAGCUUGAAUGUGCAAUUAUUACAGCAAAUUAAAUUGAGUGAAUCUUGUGAUAACCACAAUCAUAAUCAACAGAAUCUAAUUGAUCAAUAUAAGAUGCAAUCCGAACUUACAUCAAAAUUAAAUAAAUCUUGGGAAAUUCAAAGUGAAACUCAACAGAAACUAAUUGAUCAGUAUAAGUUGGAAUUAACUUAUCUGAAUUUACAAAUCGAGUCGAAAGAUAAACAAAUAACGAAUUUGCAAACUGAAAAUGUUAAAACCAAGGAACUACAGAGCGAACAAUCAUCUAGCUGUCUCGGCAGAUUAACUGGCUUUCAUAUGAUCACAAUCCCCAAAGCUAAACCAUUCAUAGUUUCAUGUCAAUCGAAUUUGACUGAAGCUGGAACUGGGUGGACUGUGAUUCAGCGGCGUAAAGAUGGCAGUGUGGACUUCAAUCGAACGUGGGCUGAGUACAAGGAAGGUUUUGGAGAUCUAAGUGGCGAAUUCUUCCUUGGGCUUGAAAAGCUUCACUUGCUGACACAAUCUCAACCUCAUGAAUUGUAUAUACUCCUUGAGGACUUUGCAAAUGAAACACGAUAUGCCAGGUACAAUAACUUUGUCAUUGGUAAUGAGAAAGAGUUUUAUAGGUUGAAAGAACUAGGAAUAUAUUUCGGUAAUGCUGGCGAUGCAUUGAAAUAUCACAAAAAUGAAAUGUUUUCAACAGCAGAUAAAAUAAAACAUGUACCAGGCAUUUGCGCUAAAAUGUUUCAAUCUGGAUGGUGGUUUGCAUCUUGCUAUUAUUGUAAUCUUAAUGGAAAAUAUGCAUUUUUCAAAACAGACGAGGAAUCUGAUAGCGUUGAGUGGAGGAAGUGGAAACGUUUACCCAUGAAAUUCGCACAAAUGAUGAUUAGGCCAAUAUCGAAUUAAGAACAA